AAAGUAGGCGGCUCCAGUAUUUAGAGGAAAGGUCGCAGUUUUCUUACAUUCACCACGAACUCAUUCAGAGCAGUCAGACUGACACCAUAAUAUAUCAGUCGAAGAGCUUGAUCCCGGCAGUGUUGGUGUAAUAUUUCUGCAUCAUGGCGCUUCUCAGAGGUGUAUUUGUUGUCGCUGCCAAGCGCACUCCGUUUGGCACCUAUGGUGGCGUGCUGAAGGAUCACAGUGCAACCGACCUGGCUGAGCAUGCAGCCAAAGCCGCCUUAGCAGCAGGGGGCGUGGCUCCAGAACUUAUAAACAGUGUCAUCAUGGGAAAUGUCAUGCAGAGCUCAGCUGAUGCACCUUACAUUGCUCGUCAUGUGGGUCUGAGGUGUGGCGUUCCGAUCCCGGUGCCUGCUCUCACUGUGAACAGACUGUGUGGAUCUGGUUUCCAGUCCAUCAUCAAUGGCGCUCAAGAGAUUUGCCUCCGGGAAUCCGAGGUGGUCCUGUGCGGAGGCUCAGAGAGUAUGAGUCAGGCCCCGUACGCCGUUCGCAACAUACGAUUUGGUACAAAGUUUGGAGUCGAUCUCAAGCUAGAGGACACCCUGUGGGCGGGCCUGACCGACCUGCACAUCAAAAUCCCGAUGGGCAUCACAGCAGAAAACCUGGCAGAGAAAUACCAGCUUACACGAGAAGAAGUCGACAACUACGCAUACCAGACACAACAAAGGUGGAAGGCCGCGCACGAGGCCGGUCACUUCAAAGAGGAAAUUGCUCCCAUUGAUGUGAAAGCCAGGAAGGGCAAGGUGUCCAUGGCCCACGAUGAGCACCCUCGUCCACAGACCACUCUGGAACAGCUGGCCAAAAUGCCCGCCGUCUUCAAGAAGGGAGGGACCGUUACCGCUGCCAACGCUUCGGGUGUCUCUGAUGGUGCUGCUGCCGUGGUGAUUGCAAGUGAGGAUGCGCUGAGUGAGCAUAAACUCACGCCUCUGGCCAGAAUUGUGGCCUAUCACGUUUCAGGCUGUGACCCGAGCAUUAUGGGAAUUGGUCCCGUUCCAGCCAUCACAGAAGCUCUUAAAAAAGCCGGUCUGACUCUCAACGACAUGGAUCUUGUGGAGGUGAACGAGGCCUUUGCCCCUCAGUACCUGGCUGUUGCUAAGGCUCUCGGACUGGAUCCAACGAAAAGCAACGUCAACGGUGGCGCCAUUGCCAUCGGACAUCCUCUCGGUGCUUCUGGAGCGCGUAUCACUGCCCACCUGGUUCACGAGCUCAGGCGACGAGGAGGCAGGUACGCUGUGGGCUCUGCCUGCAUCGGUGGUGGUCAGGGUAUCGCGAUCAUCCUGGAGAAGUACUAAUCCGAGAAGCUGCUAGUAUCAGAAGAAGUGCUGCUGAUGAAUGUCUUGCCUGAACAUUGUCUCGCUUAG